GCAUUUCCGGUAGUGACACAACUGACAGGAAGUAGCACCAAGCUUCGCGCGUUUUGAGUGAAAGUUGGCGCCACGAGUUUUAGCACAACAAAACGCUCUUCUGUUGCGGAAGACGCUGUGAAUUAACAAUAACACGAGAUUCAUUUUGAACCAGGAAUAUUUUUGAGAAGUCAUGGCUGUUGAAUUGUCAGAGGGCGCAAUCGAGGCCCUGAUCAAAGGUAAUGAGGUUACAAACCCAGUUCUUCAGUUGAUUAAUAUCCGAAAGCUUGAUUCGGGCAACGGACCAGUUCGCUUUCGCCUCAUGAUGAGCGAUGGCCUUCACACCAUGUCCUCCUUCAUGCUUGCCACGCCGCUGAACUCCCUGGCUGAACAAAACCUUGUAGCUCCCAACUGUGUGUGCUUGCUGAAGAAAAGUGUGACCAACGUUCUCAAGGAUGGACGCACAGUGGUUAUUAUCCUGGACUUGGAGGUGAUUAAACCUGCGGAUCAGAUGGCAGGGAAAAUAGGAGACCCAACUCCUUAUGUUGAGGGUCAGUCCAAGGCUCCACAGAGUGUACCUGCUCUUCCCCCUGCUCCUUCUGCUUCUUCUGCACGUCCACUGCAGCCAAAAAAUGGAGGCGGCAUGAAUAGAGGCUCCAGUCGUGAUUUUGGGAAGAAGCCCUUGACUGCUCCCAGCACACCAGGAGGCACUUCAAAAGUAGUGCCUAUUGCCAGCCUUAAUCCCUACCAGUCAAAAUGGACCAUUAGAGCACGAGUCACUAACAAGAGCUCCAUUCGUACCUGGAGCAACUCUCGAGGGGAUGGAAAGCUCUUUUCCAUGGAGAUUGUUGACGAAAGUGGAGAAAUUAGAGUGACUGGGUUUAAUCAGGAGGUGGACAAAUUCUACUCCCUGAUCGAACAGGGGAAGGUGUACUACAUCUCUAAGGGCACUCUGAAGAUCGCCAACAAACAGUUCACAUCUCUUAAGAACGACUAUGAGAUGACUCUGAAUGGCGACUCGUCCAUCAUCCCCUGUGACGAUGCCCACGAUGUACCUAUGGUACAGUGUGACUUUGUCUCCAUUGCUGAUUUGGAUGCUCGGGACAAGGACGCCAUUGUGGAUGUGAUCGGUGUGUGUAAGAGUGUGGAGGAUGUGACCCGUAUUACAACUAAGAACAGUCGUGAGGUUUCCAAGAGGAACAUCCAGCUGAUGGACAUGUCUGGCAAACUGAUCCAAGUCACCAUGUGGGGAAAUGAGGCAGAGACAUUUGAUGGCACCGGGCAGCCUAUCUUGGCUAUAAAGGGUGCCAAGCUCUCUGAUUUUGGAGGACGCUCUCUUUCCACACUCUACAGCAGCACACUGAUGAUUAACCCUGACAUUCCUGAGGCGUACAAACUGCGAGGCUGGUAUGAUAAAGAAGGUCAUGCCCUAGAUGGUCAGUCCAUGACAGAAAUGAGGGGAGGAGGCGGUGGCGGCCCGACGAACUGGAAGACUUUGGCAGAUGUCAAAAACGAGCACCUGGGUCACGGAGACAAGGCUGAUUACUUUACCUGUAUUGCCACCAUUGUGUACAUGAGGAAGGAGAACUCUCUGUAUCAGGCCUGUCCCAGCAAGGAUUGCAACAAAAAGGUGGUGGACCAGCAGAAUGGCUUGUACCGCUGUGAGAAGUGUGACAAAGAGUUUCCUGACUUCAAAUAUCGUCUCAUGCUCUCUGCGAAUAUUGCAGAUUUUGCAGAUAAUCAGUGGGUGAUGUGCUUUCAAGACAGUGCUGAGGCCAUCCUGGGCCAGAAAUCAGAUUACAUUGGCCAACUCAAGGACUCUAAUGAGGCUGCCUUUGAUGAGGUCUUCCAGCACGCCAAUUUCAGCACUUUUGUCUUCCGUAACCGAGUGAAAUUGGAGACCUACAAUGAUGAAUCUCGCAUUAAAGUAACGGUGAUGGAGGCCAAGCCUGUGGAUCACAAGGAAUACAGCAAGAGGCUGAUCAUGAAUAUCAGGAAGCAUGCAGCAAAUUAGGAACACUGGUACUUUUCUAUAAGCAUUCAGUAUUUGACCUGCAGUAUACACGUGUCUCUUUGUGCUGUCUUUCCUUUACUUGGUUAUUUUUGUUUUGUUAUUAAAGUAUAAUUCAUAGUCCCUCUACUACAGAACAGCUUCUCUUUUUUUCUUCUUCUUUUUUCUUUUAAUUAUGAAAUAAAUGCUUAUUUUGGACUGAGGAGCACUGCAGGUCAAAUGUGGUUUGGCUUGUGCAGAUUUCCCUACAUGUUAACAGUUAGCUGUGGGUGGUUAAAUAGAAAAUGCUGGCCUUUUAGUGUAUGGAUGAUUAAGAGAAGGGAAGGGAACUGUAUAAGAAGGUCUGGUGGCAUCAUACCGGUCAGUAUGUAUGCUCGCAAAGUUGUGUCCGCAUUUAAGCGGGCAGAAGUAAAUCCAGUGCCCUUUCCUAAUGUUUUGUUUCAGCAGGCAAGUCAGUAGGCUUCCUGUCUCUGAGCUCGCCUUGCUUAGACCUGCACAGUUUAAGGACAGAGUGACUUCCCAGAGACAGAAGCACUCUGUACAUGUAGAUAUUUUUCUCUGUUUUUUGUUUUAUGGAAAACUAAAGUUUAACCAACACAAGAAAUAAAGAUUUUGAAGACUCUGGUA